GUAAUGCAGAAACUAGAAUUUAGACUAGAUUUCUCAUUGCUUAAAUCGUAAAAACUUCGUCUCACCUGGUGGAGAAACCUUAAGAGAAAUGGCGUCUAAAUUGAUAAUUUUGUUAUCUGGCGUUCUUGGCGUGUUCUUCUUGUAUGCAGGUGUUUGCAAGCUAUAUCCAAUGUUGGAUCAAGACCUCCAUUUAUCGAUGAAAAAGCACUUUGUGAACUAUGCUAGAGUUGCCCCACUUCGGACCAACCUCAACAUGAAAUUCAAAGCUAGCCAGUAUCGCUCUGCCGUAGGAAGCCUGGAGAUUGUUGGUGGAUUUGGACUGCUCAGCAUGACUGGUCGAACAGCGCGGCUCAUCGGUUUUGUGAUGCUCAUUGCGGCUGAACUCUUCAUGAUCCAUUCUUACCAAGCACUAGGAGAUCCUCUUCAAAAAUACAUCAGAUUAGUUGCAGCCGCUGUGCUUCUGACGGCUCAGAUGAUGUUUGAGAGGUGGUUUGCAGGAGGAAAUGGGGAAGAGGAAAAAGCGCCCUCCAUCCCAGCGAAAAACAGGGAAGAGGAAAAAGCCCCUUCCAUGCCCGUGAAAAAGGAGAAGAAAAGCAGGAAGAGUAAAGGUGCAGUGACAGAAGAAAGCAAAAAAGAGAGCUGAUAGUUUUCAUUUUACCUGCAUGUCAUUUUCAUUUUGUCUAAUCUCUUCAUGUUGUGUCUAGUAUGGAAUUGAUGAAAUAUAAAAAAAUCCUUUGGUUGUUUGAUGUGUGAAAUGGAUUUGAUUUAUUGACCAUUCCUCAUCUGCCAUCCUGUGCCUAGACAUGCAGCCUUCCCAUGCCCAAACUUUGCAUCUUCAACAAAAUAAAGGGAAGAACAAAUGUCUGAUCAUGAUGAUUGUGUAAUGUGUUGGUCCUACCUGAAUGAUAGCAACAAUGAUAAAUUGUUCCCUUGUCAUUCCCCUCUUGGAAAGGUAUUUGAAAUCAUUGUUGUAAUUCCCACUUUAUUUUGUACAGUUAAAUAUGUAAUGAAGUUGAAUCUGUUUGGACUGCAAAGCAUAGUUCCACUCGUGCAAAAUUCAACUUAGGGAGUGUAAAUUCAUUUAACACAUGUUCUGCAUAGUUGGAUCUAAAUAUCAUUGAUUUGACUUAAAAAGAA